AUUACAUGCAAGAGUCCUGUGUUAAGACGGUGUUUUUUUUAUUUUGCAGAUUAACAAGGGUGCUGGUUUUACAUUAAUUAACAAAAUAGAAAAAAAAAUUGUGUCACUUGAAACUGUGUCAAAGGGAUGGUGGCGCCCUAAUUAAUGGUCAUUCUAGCCCUAGCUUUGAGUUACACAGGAGCUGCCCGUCAAACAGAUAACACUGUUAGAGGAAUGUCACCUGCCUCAGUCUCAGGCAUGCUGUACAUGCAUACGCAUAUGCAUGUUUCUGGAUUUAUCAACACCACACUCAAGGACUAUUUGAGUUGUCUGUAAGAAAGCUUUUUUUUUAAAUUUAUUUUUUAAACAGAAAUGCUUUUUUAAUUUUUUUCCUCUUGCUGCUUGGACACAUUUCCAUGAUGGCCACCUCCAAUGGCAAAGGUGAAAAGGUUUCUAAAUUUGAGACAUUGAAACUUUUGGAAAAAUGUAGAAAGGAUAGAGAUGAUGCCAUGCACAGAGAGAGUGUUCUCAGAGAGAAACUCAGACAGCAUGAGUCAAGAAUGCGUUCAACUGAGGCUUUGAAACAGAAACUGAAGACCUUGACGAUGGACAACAAGGAGCUGAGGAAACAAGUAAAGGCUCUGCGUACUGAAAUUGGACUUGAGUGCAGCCCUAAGUUCAAUGGAAAGACCACCAAGGACAUAAUCAAUGACCUGCAUGAAAAGGAGCGUGAGUGCACCUCUCUGGUGGAGAAGGCUGGGAAACUGAGUCUGACCAUUGAUGACUUGACAUCAGAAUUGGCAAAUACGGUCACCUCUAAAACACUUUUAGAGGAUCAAGUGCAGUCAUUACAGCAAAAUCUUAAGGACAUGACAAAUAAUCAACGCCGUCUUCUAAAGCUCUGGGAAGACAAGAAAACCCAGAGGGAGCAGUUAGCUCUCCCUGCAAUUAUCCAGAAACCUGGACAGAAACCAUUUGGGCAUAAAGCAGUUCAAACUGAGAUGUCCAUUAGUUCAUCUCAAAAGCUUCCAGUCAAUGCUUUUGAGACCAAGCCAUUUUCUCGGGACAAUGACAAAAAGACUGUUUUGGAUAAACACAGUUUUCCAGCUUAUGGAAAUGGCUAUCAUCAUGACAAAAAAGCUUUCAUGCAUGAUGAAACUAAAGGAAUUCAAAACUGACUUGACUCACUGAGC